AUGCAGUACGUUGAGCCUUGUUGGACCACCGCCGAACAUUAUGCAACAUAUGCAGCAGAUUUUCAGCCGAUUAUGCACGAGGCGUACUGGCUAGCAUCAUCUUUGCCGACUAUACAGGCAAAUCCAGCGAUUGAUCCAGGGCCGUCCGAUCCGAGCGUCUUGACGAUGGGCGAUCAUCACAGGGCCAGCCGAGCGUGGGCUGAGGGGCAUGCGGAGCCCCUGUGCUGCCGAGGGGGCACCCAGUUUGCCGAGCGUUGGUUAGAGGCAGACCCCCGCAUUGUCCAGCUAAUACGCGAUGCGGGGUUUUAUGGCAUUUAUCGGAUUGCUCAUAUCCAGCUUGAUUGGCAUCUGUUUAUAUGGAUGCCCUACACGGAUGAAAUUUUAGCCGACAUGCCGCCUGCCUAUGCAGACGGGAGGGACCUGUGGGUCAUUCCCGCCCAAUUUAUGACUUCGGGGGUAGAUAUUGUUGGGGACGAUCUCCACGGCAUGGAUGGACGCGGUCGAGGGGUCACAGACUGGUCGAGUACGCACGCGAUAUUCGUCACUGCGUGGGAGCAUCGGCGAGACUACAUCGUACGAGGAGUGGCGGAGCACAGUCCGAUGCGUCCAGAUGACCCAUACUUCACUUGGUAUAGGUCUAUCACACGCCGCUUCGUCGACAGGACCGCAGCUGUAUAUUUGAGCCUCGCUGACAUAGUCAUUGAGGCAGAGCAGAUCUCGUCAGAUCCUGCGAUCCACCGAUUGAUGCGUGCUGCACUGGACCUCGUCCACGAGGACGGUCGACGGAUCCCAGAACGAGGAGGUCGACAUGAUGUACCAGCACGAGGAGGUCGACCAGCUCCACUACGAGGAGGACGACAUGCUUCCUCUAGUCGUCCAGGGACUCCCAUGUCCUCCCCACCAGUCGUACAGGCCGAGUACUUGUUUGGCCCGUCAGCGCCUUAUGCGCCUUCCACUGCAGCUCAUAUUGCCGGACCAUCGAGCAGACCGACUGAUGCCCCAUCCGACUUUGCUGCUACCCCAUCCAUGGAUCCGAGGGUGGUAAUGUGGUCCGCACGCAUUGCCGUUGUGGCAUGA